GUGGCUGUCGGUCUUACGUAGCGCAAUACGUUGCCCCAAAUAAAUGUUAUUUUAUUAAUGUUUAUAAAAAAAUGGGCAAUGAAGGCAGCAAACUAAAAGGACUCAUAAUUGACAAAAAUGCCAUCGAAGUCAAUGACUUUUGGGCGCUAUACAACGCCGAAUCGCCGACGACAUGCAACGAGGAGGGCGGCGGUGGCCAACUGCUCUCCAUUUUCAAGGGCGAGGUGCUAGUGAAGGGUCAACUCUGGGCUGCCCAGGGCCCAAUGGAGCGAGCAAUCAGGAACCUUAUGAUCUAUCGCCAUCCGUAUAUACUGAAAUAUAUGUCCACUUGGGAUCAGUCCGGUCAGAAGCAUUUGGCCACGGAACGUGUGCGGCCGUUGAGCGAUGUGCUCACCCAGCAGAGCGAUAUACAGGUGUGUCUCGGACUGCGCACCAUACUGUGUAGCCUCAUAUUUCUCAUAGAGCGAGCCCAUGCCAGGCAUUUGAAUAUUUGCACUCAGUCCGUUUAUGUGACGGAUAAGGGCAGUUGGCGCCUGGCCGGCUUUGAGUAUGUGUGGAAGGCAAAGGAGCUGAAUAAACAGCUAAUUGAGCUAGCGCACAGUUUUCGCCAGCCGCUGGCAAUGGAUGCCGCGGACACCACGCAGCUGGCCCUGGAACAGUUUGCCUUUGCCGCGCUCUGCGAACAAAUCUUGGAUAAAUGCGGCGGCUCGGCGGGAAUACCACAUGUGUUGGAGUUCCGGGAUUAUUGCAGCACCCACCUGAAGCAUCAGAAUAUCGAGUUGCGACCGAAGUUAUCCGCUGUGCUGUUGCAUCCGUAUUUCAAUCACGAAUUCAUUCUAAUCCAUUCCUUUCUCUUUGAGCUGCCACUGAAAUCGGUGCCGGAGCGUCAGCAAUUCUUCAGCAGUCUGAUUGAGCGGCUGCGUGGCUUCGAUGAGCAAGUGGUGGCCUCUCAGCUGGCCAGCGAUCUGCUGUCGCGCAUGGUACUCCUCGAUCCCACCGCCCAGCACUGUGUGACACCGUUUGUGCUGCGCACCAAGACAGAGAAUGGAUGCACUGCACCACUAUUUUCACCGCAGACGUAUGUGCAGCAUCUGUUGCCGCAUGUGCUGAAAAUGUUUCGGCUGCGCGACGCACAGAUCCGCCUGAUCCUGCUCGACUAUUUCAUGGAGUAUGUGCGUCUGCUCAGCGACGAGCAACUGCUCAACGAUAUUCUGCCGCAUUUACAGCUGGGCAUGAGCGAUACGAAUGAUGUGCUCGUGGCCAAGACACUGCGUUCUAUGGCCGAUCUGGUGCCCAUACUGGGUGCAGCCACUGUUUUGGGUGGUGACCGAAGGCGUUGCUUUUCGGAUGGUCGGCCCCAUGCUGCCGUCUCCACGGACAGCAGCGCCCAGUGGACAGAGCCGCGUUCCAUAACGCCACUGAUGAAUGGCAGCGCUGCAGAUGCUGUGGAUUACAUGGUCUCGGGCAGUCCACUGCCAUUGGACAGCAAUGUUGUGCCACCAAUGCCAUUGCGUCUGAGUCCCGAUGGCGGCGAGGAUGACAAGAGCAUCACCCAAUUGAGUGAGAAACCACUGGAGUCCAGUCAUAGCAACAGUUUGGUGGACAACAAUUCCGAUAGUUCCACCAGCAGCGCUGCGCACGAACAGACCCUGGUCAAUAUUAACGAUGAUGAUGAUGAGGAGGAGGAGCUGGCGCAGAAGGAGGAUGAGGAAGAAGAGGAGGAGGAGGCGGCAUGGUCCGAUUGGGAUAAUGCAGAAGAGUUACAACGGCUGCAGGUCAAGCAGCAGUCCACGUUGGAUGAGCUCAAUCUGUACAGUAAUGUGGAGACGACGAGCAGCACCUCCACACAGGCCACACAGCCCUCAUCGAUUGCCGACUCCUUUCGCACCGCCUGCUCCAGUCUCUCCACGGCCACACUCCCACCGCCGCCUCCGCCCGCACCUCUGGCAUCCGCCAGCAGCAAUCGCAAGGUCAUCGAUGAUCUCAGCGCGCUGGACAUUCAAGUGCAGUUGACCACAUCGCUGCAUAGCUCCGAGCCGGCUGAAUUUGAUUUCUUCAAAGACAUGGAGCCAGUUAUUGAGACGAAGCCAGCAACAGGAACGGGAGCAGCAGCUAGCGAAGCUGAGAUUGUACAAAUCGAUGCGAGUCGCUUUGCGGCUGCUUUGACCAGCUACAAUGGUCCGGAUACGGAUGUUGAGGCGGAUCAGGGCUGGGGUCAUGAUGACGACGAGGAUGAUGAUGUCGUUUGGGGCAACAAUGGAGAUGCCACCAACACCACCACCACCACCACCCCCACCACUGUCUCUUAGUCAGUCGAAGCUGUGUAUAUUAAACCAUGUUAGUUUCAUUGAUUCAAAGUCGCCGUUUCUUGUUCCAUUUACAACGAGUAUCUCAAGCUCACUUUAAAGAUCAAUCUGAUCUGAGAUCUACUUCUUAAGUACAUUUUUGAGUUUGCAAUAAAUUCCAUAUGUAAAUAUGUAUUUCAUCUCGCAUCUUCUAGUGCAAUUUUCCAAACUAGUUGAGGUUAGUUCAAAAUUCAUAAAAGAAAAAAAAGACAAAACGCCAAUUUAGGUUCUUUGAAGUAAAUUAUUUUAUAUAUUCUUUAUCGUAAAUUCUAUUAAAAUUUCGUUUCUCUAUUUGUCUGCUGUGGUUUAUAAAACUUUUUGAAUUAUUUACUGAAAAUGUAUUAAUUCUUUUAUUUUUUUUUCUAAUCUUUCUUUCUUUAAUAUUUUAUUCCAAAUAAAAUAGUACAUUUCUUUAUAUUUACUUAACGAUAUAUUCAUAAACAUAUAUUUUUACUUUUACUUAACAUAAAGAAAUGUAUUAUUUUAUAUAUAUUGUUUUUUCGUUCACUUUAUUUGCAAUCUGUCAAAGUGGGACAAUAAACGAAUGAUUUUACAAAUUUA